ACACCACACCACACCGCCCCAAAGCAACUGGAACAAAUCUGCAAAUAAUUGAGUCAUUCAAUCUCCCGUAUCAUUUCUCCUGCAUAUCCUUUUUCACAUUUUGGUAUUACUGUUUAUUUUAGCAACGACACAGACUGAUCGAUGCAGGGUGGACAGGGUACAUUAGCGUCCGUUAUGGAAGCGGCGGCCAACGUCGCCGCUUCUGCCAAAUCUGGCCUCGAUAAAACCAAGGCCGUCGUUGAAGAGAAGGCGGAGAAAAUGUCAACAAGGGAUGAAGUGGAAAAAGACAUGGCUACCCUGAGAAAGGAGGAGAAGAUCGAUUUGGCUGAGCUGCGCAAGUGUAAAGCGUAUGCCCACAACGCAAUAGCCGCUAGUGCAGCCGCUCCGCGCUUCACCGACGGAGGAGAGUUCACUACCAUCGGAUCCUUCGACCAGCCUGCAGCGGCUAAUUCGGGUGGUCAACACGAGGUUGUGCAAUACUGUCGGGUACCUACACAUAAUGUCCAGGACGUUGUCAGCUUACACCGUCCGGUCGUGACAGAACAGGCUCAGGCAAAUACAAAUGCAAAUGUAGGUGGCGCUGAUACAAACCCCACCCACACCGGGAUGCCUGCACCGGUAGUGGAACCUGACGGUGUUGCCAGCGGAUUCAAGCCCGACACGAAUACCGGAUCUGGCACACGUUUUUCCAUCAACUAGAGGAGGGGAUCCAAGGCUUUACAUACUUCAUUUUACUUUUCACUGUAAUAUUCAGGUCAACAAAUAAUGCAUUCCCCUCUUUCUCAUAUGUAAUCACUUGUAAUUGCCUCAGGCCUCAUGCAUGCUCGCACAAAAACGUCCAUCUUCUCGACUUGCCUUAUUUUAAUCAAGUCACUCAAUCAAAUAGGUGACUUAUUUCUUCAA